AUGAGUUUAUCAUUUUCUUCAUUUGGAAAAAUUCUUGAAAAAACUAAACCUAUUGCAGUUGAUGAAGUAAUAAAUCUUAAUGGACAUAUACUACCAACAAUCUAAAAAGAUAAAAAGUAAUAAAAUCGAAAUGAUUAAGCAAGCUCUAAAUGUUUUCUCUGUUAAGAAAAUUUGAAGGGAAACAAUAAAAUGAAUCGUUUCCAUUUAAUUCUGUCUCUAGAAGAGCUAGACCAACUCUAUGUUGUUUAAUGCCAGAAAAAUCAUAUGAAGCAAAAUAUACUCCUAAAUUUGAUGUAGUUUAGUAUAAGUCUCCCUCUUUUGAUUUUGGAUCAAGAUCAAAAAGUUAAAUCAGGACAAGGUCUAUCUCAAUUUGUAGUCAAGAUUACUAUAUUGAUUAAUAUACAUCUUUUAGAACAAUAUCAAAAUCAACAAAAGGAUAAUCUGAAAAAAAAUGCACAAACUCUCAAAUAAAAGAAGAAUGUCCUAAAUUAUAACAUUAUAUAUAACUUGUUAAGAAUAAGAGAAGUAAAACUCAUAAUUAUUCACCUGAUUUCAACAAAUAUACAGAUCGUAAAUAUACUUAGAGAGAAUUUUUGCAAUAAUAUGAUUUACUUGGAGUAAAUUAUGCAAGAAUAGUAAGAUUUAUUUAAAAUAAUGAAAGAAUAAAAGACUUGAUGUAGGAUAUGUUGAAUUUGGUAAAUUUACUAAAAAAGUUGUUAUGAAACAAGACAGAGCUGAAACACCUCCAUCUGUUCGUUUGGAUUAUGAUAUUGAUAAACCAAAAUAAAUUAGGAAUAUUUAUUUAGGAAACAAUAAACCUAUAUAACCAAAGCCAAGGCCUAAAUUACUACUACCAUCAAUUAAUAAUUCUGGGUAAAGAUAUGUAAAAAGAACAUAGGAAUUAAUUUCGUGGUCGAAUUAAUGA